AUGCAGCAUCCCAAGAGUCAUGCUGGUGAGAAGGACUACCCGACCGUGGAAACAGUGCAAGAUGCAGGUCAAGACCCGGAGGCCCAGCAGGCAGUUGACUCCGACUCCCCACCUGGACAUACACUGAAGCUCUCCGAGCAUCUAUCUCCUUCCAUGUUCGGGCCGCCACCGGGACUUGAGAAGUCUUUGCCCACCCUCCUGUCUGGCAAAGCAAAGUCAAGGCGAGCCAGAAGGGAAUCAGAUCCAAAGGUACCCAAAGCGGAUUGUGCCAUCUGCACAAAGGAGGGUGCACAGGCACUUUGCGCCCAGCUUGCAGGUCUUCAAGCACCGUACAUCUCCAACUUCCGCUCGGAGUUGGUGUUGUCCUUGUUACCAGACUUGCCUAGCCUUGCGUGUGAUCCGCACGCCUCACAAGUGAUCAUGCAGCUCAUCACUCUUGAUGACGAUUUGAGCCUGGAGCUCUGCAAGAAAAUCGUCCGACGCCUUCGCGGUUCUCUUCUGAAGCUGACCAAGGACAAGCAUGGCUGCUGGAUUGUACAGCAAGCACUCCAGUGCGUACCAGCAGAACUCCAUCCUCUGCUAGCUUUCGAGUUACGGGGCAAAGUCUUGGCCUGCAGUCAGCAUUUGCAUGGUAAUUUCGUUCUACAAAAAUGUGUGGAGUUGUUAAGUCACGGUGAUGUGGGCUUCAUCGUGGAGGAGCUGAAGAAUCACGCAGUAGAUGCUGCAUCACAUAUCUACUCAUGCCGUGUCUUGCAGCGGAUCAUUGAGCACUGCCCGCACGACAGUCCGGGUAUGACCGAGCUCUUGAACAACCUUCUCACCACUGGGCAGCUCCAGAAGCUGGCUAUGGAUCCUCAGCCGAUGCAUCUACAGCACAUUGCGAGGCUUUUCGUUGAUGACUGCAACAUCCUGGCAUACGCACGGAAUAGACAUUCAAGCCUGGUUUUGGAGCGGGUUUUGGAGGCCAUGACGGGGGAGUUUCGGCGCGAACUGCAGGAGGAGAGGGAUGCACUGAUGGUGGCACUGCUCGGAGACGAAGCUUCCAAUCCUCCCUUCACGCAAAUGGCUUUGGACCGGUUCGGAAACUACAUCGCACAGAGGGUCAUUGAAGACAGCCAUGGCACGGAGCAACAAAGAAUUCUCCAUUUGCUGACCGCUCUGGGUCCAAAGCUUCGUCGUGCCGUCAAUGGACGCCACAUUCUACAGGCAGCGCGGAGAAAGUUCGGCUCGCAACUUUCCUUUCAUGCCCUUUCGGUUGUCCCGGCGACGGGAUUUGAGUGGCAUUUACAUCCGCUCAGAAACGCACAGUGUGACACAGACCCCUCCAGUACUGCCAAAGACCGCAUAGAAAUAGAUUUGGGCGCCUCCUUACCCGCCGCAGUCUGGCUUUUGUUGGAGUUUCAUAUUCAUGGAAUGUCCGAUGGAAUGCUCGGAGCACCGGUCCGGCAGCCCAGCACCAUCAGCCCCAUCAGCCCCACGCGGCUUUUCCACAAGCGAAAGGCGCAAGUCUGUGAGGCUGAGCCUGAGGCCACAGCGGACCUCGCAAGGCGGGUCGGUCUUGUCACCGAGAGUCGGAGAAGGAGAGAACUGAAGGUCAUCCCCGCUGUCUUCAUCUCCUUCAGCAAAGGUCGGGAACGCGGGCCUCUGCCGGUUCUUUCUAUAGCGUGCUGCGGCAAAGCUAGCAAAUAUUCGCCCCGGAAGAAGGAGAAGCAAAGAAGGGACAGCGCGGUUGUUCUGCAGCUCGCCAAGACGAAAAUGUGCAGCUUCUACGAGAAGGGGAAGUGCUCUUCAGAGACCUGCAGGUACGCGCAUUCUUUAGAGGAGCUGCGAUGCCCACCGAAUUUGCAGAAGACAAAGCUAUGCAAGUCGUUUCUGCAGGGCAAGUGCGUACAUGGGGAGAACUGUUCGUUUGCCCAUGGAGAUUCGGACCUCCGAGUGACUUCAGGGAUCUACAAGACUCAGAUGUGCAAUUUCUACGAGCGUGGCCAUUGCAAAAAAGGCGAUCGAUGCAACCAUGCCCACGGCGAUGCCGACUUGCGACCUUCUUUCAGUCCGCAGAAGACGCCGGUGCGAGAAAAAGGCCGCAUGGGCGUAGCGGAGACUCCAGAUGCUUGCACACCUCCGAAAGUGGUUCCUGCAGGCUUCAUCGGCUUGUUCCAGACACCAGAUGCGCGCACACCUCCGAAAGUGGUUCCUGCAGUUCGUGCUGUCCAGACCAUGAAAGCAUGCAGGCUGGUGCACAGCCUGAAAGCGACAUGCCUUGCCAAGCUAGUGUGUCUGAGCUCGCAGCUUUGGCCUUUGUUCCGCCCAUGCCACUUUCUUGGACUACGUACCAUGCAAAUCCUCAUUCCGGAUAUAGCUGUCAGAACCCAACGACUCCACUACGGAUUUUGGAUCCGGUGGACCUGCUUGUCGAUUCGGAACGCUGGGAGGCAUAUCAGCAGGAUUACCUUUGAGCCGUACAGCCGGGUAUGCUAUGUACAGUACAGGAGCUUUGCAAAGUGCUGUGUCGGUUGUCUGCGGAACAGCAGAAUCGCUCCGCAAGGACCUUUGCAUAGUUUGCUGUGCGGCAGCAUCGAGAGGGUCUUCAAGCAACCUCCAAGCUGGAGGGUCGGACUGCCAUGUUCACCUGUGCUUAUGACUUGUGAUGCUAAUCGAGAUUCGAACCCUGUGAAGUGCAGGUUGCGCAGUGAGGCUGCAGAGUUGGGACGCGUCCCUUUGGUUGCAAGUUGCACGAUUUCCGGUUGA